CUCCCCGGAGGAAGUUCCUUAAAUAAAGGAUUGCAGCUUCUUUCCGCGCACUCAGUUCCGUGUGUUUGGUUCUGCGCAAUUAUUUUUGACAAGUUUCACCGCAACGAUGUCUUUCGAAAAGAGCCUCGCCGCGGGAAGUCCUGCACCUGGUCCGGUGCCGAAAGGUCAGCUGCGUCUGUACAGCAUGAGAUUCUGCCCUUUUGCCCAAAGAACCAGACUGAUGUUGCACGCCAAAGGGAUCAAGUUUGAAACCAUCAACAUCCACUUGAAACAGAAACCCGACUGGUUCCUUGAGAAGAACCCUGACGGUCUCGUUCCUACAAUCGAAACGCCUGCUGGUGAAGUGGUGACUGAGUCUGUCAUCACCUCCGAGUUCCUGGAUGAAGCGUAUCCUGAGAAGAAGCUGCUUCCGGCAGAUCCUUUUGGGAAAGCCCAACAAAAAAUGCUGCUGGAGCAUUUUUCCAAGAUAACACCACACUUCUUCAAGAUCUCAUCAGCAAGAAGAAAGGGUGAUGAUGUGUCAGGAUUAGAAGCAGAACUGAAGGAGAAGUUCACCAAUUUAAACCAACACUUGGUGAAAAGAAAGACAACAUUCUUUGGUGGUGAUACCAUAACCUUCAUCGACUACAUGAUGUGGCCAUUCUUUGAGAGGCUUGGGAUGUUUGAAGUACAACACUGCCUGGACCACACUCCUGAGCUGAAGAAGUGGACUGAGCGCAUGCUGGAGGAUCCAGCUGUUAAAGCCACCAUGCACAGCACAGAGACUCACAAAACCUUCUACAACAACUUCCUGGAUGGAAAACCUGACUAUGACUAUGGCCUGUAGGAAACAAAUAAUCAACGCUUCAUAGAAACAAGUCUACAUGUUCUCUAUUUCCGUCAUAUGGCUGCGAUGUAUUGCAUUCUUUUUUUCUAAUGGUCAUUUAAAAGGUGGGUGAAAGUGGGUAUUGGUUCAAAAUUUCUUUUUAAAAUUAGAGAUCCAUGUCAAAAUUAAAAAUAAAAUAUAUUUAAUCGAA